CAGAAUUGAGCAGAACAGCAGCUUUAAUUCAUCCCAAAAUAAGCCGAUACUUAACGCGAAUGCGAGCACUUUAAGUCGUCCGUGUGUCUGAAUUAGCGAAAAUGUUGACGGAGGCGUUAGAGGGGCAGCUUACGGUGGUUUAUAACACCGUCGCCGCCUCAGUGCAGGUUCAGGUGGAGCCGGUCGGCCGCUGGUUCGAGGCUUUUCUGAAGCGCAGGAACAGAAAUGUGUCGGCUUCGUUUCAAGAGCUGGAGGAAGAGGAGGAGCUGUCAGAGGAAGAGGAGGAUGAAGAGCUUCAGCUGGAGGAGUAUCCCAUGCUGAAGACACUGGACCCCAAAGACUGGAAGAACCAAGAUCACUAUGCUGUUUUAGGUCUGGCACACGUCAGGUAUAAAGCAACGCAGAAACAGAUCAAAGCUGCUCACAAAGCGAUGGUCCUUAAGCAUCACCCAGACAAGCGGAAAGCAGCAGGAGAGCAGAUUGUGGAAGGCGAUAAUGAUUAUUUCACAUGCAUAACUAAAGCAAUAGAGAUCCUGUCAGAUCCAGUGAAGCGGAGAGCGUUUGACAGCGUCGAUCCAACGUUUGACAAUGCCGUUCCUACAAAAGCAGAAGGCAAAGAAAACUUCUUCGAGGUGUUUGCACCGGUGUUUGAGAGGAACGCCAGGUGGUCUGUUAAAAAGCACUUCCCCAGUCUGGGAACUAUGGAGUCAUCGUUUGAAGAUGUGGAUAAUUUCUAUUCAUUUUGGUACAACUUUGACUCCUGGAGAGAAUUUUCCUAUUUAGACGAGGAGGAAAAGGAGAAGGCUGAAUGUCGAGAUGAGCGGCGCUGGAUUGAGAAGCAGAACCGAGCAUCUCGAGCACAGAGGAAGAAGGAGGAGAUGAACCGGAUACGGACCCUUGUUGACACGGCCUACAAUGCUGACCCGCGGAUAAAGAAGUUUAAAGAGGAGGAGAAAGCCAGGAAAGAGUCUGAGAAGAAGGCCAAAGUGGAGGCCAAGAAACGAGAGCAGGAGGAGAAAGAGCGGGCACGUCAGCAGCAGGAGGAGGCGGCGCGGCUGCUGAAGGAGCAGCAGGAGGAGGCGGCGCGGCAGGCAGCUCAACAGGCUAAGAAGGAGAAAGAGGCGCAGAAAAAAGCCAUUAAGAAAGAGCGGCAGAAACUCCGCAUGACCUGCAAGAGCCAAAACUACUUCACAGACAAUGAGGCGGACAGCGUGAGGAUGAUGGAGGAGGUGGAGAAGCUCUGCGACCGCUUGGAGCUCAUCAGUUUGCAGACGCUCAAUGAAGCUUUGUCUGCUGGCAAUAAAGAGCAGAGUAAAGCAGCUCUGGAGAAACAGGUGCAGGAGGUGAACAUGCAGCUGCAGAAGGAGAAGGAUGCAGAGCUGCAGGCUCAGCAGGCAGCGCGUGGCUCUGAACACAGCAGUGCAGCAGGAGGACAAAACAACAGAGGCUGGAGCGAAGAAGACCUGCAGCUGCUCAUCAAAGCCGUCAACCUGUUUCCUGCUGGAACAAACGCCAGGUGGGAGGUGAUCGCUAACUACAUGAACCAGCACUCCAGCAGCGGCGUCAGGAGAACCGCCAAAGACGUCAUCAAUAAAGCCAAAACACUGCAGAAACUGGAUCCGCACCAGAAAGAUGAGAUUAACCGAAAGGCCUUUGAGAAGUUUAAGAAGGAGCAUUCAGCCGUUCCUCCCACUGUAGACAACGCCAUGCCGUCAGAGCGAUUCGAUGCUGUAGGUGCAGACUCGAACGCUGCCGCCUGGACCACAGAGGAGCAGAAGCUUCUGGAACAGGCUCUGAAAACCUACCCGGUGAGCACGGCCGAGCGCUGGGAGAGGAUCUCUGAGGCGGUGCCCGGACGCUCCAAGAAAGACUGCAUGAAGAGAUAUAAAGAGCUGGUGGAGAUGAUAAAGGCUAAGAAAGCGGCACAGGAACAGGUCGCUGCUAAAAACAAAAAAUGACAAAACACACACACACACACAACCUGGUCUUUUAACUUUAUUUGUGUUGUUCUUUAUUUUAUAAUAAAAUAAACAUGGAAAAAA